AUGCUACGUAUCCUCGCUUUCAUUGCUGUUGUAGUCAUCGCUACAAAUAGUGUUCAUUCGGAACAAUGUCGAACGGUUAAACAAGGCGCUCACUAUACCUCAUUGAUUCCAUUCCAUGGUCUCAAGUCCGAUGCAGUCAUUUCCACUCGAAUUCGAUUUGAUCGUAAUGCUGCUCGUUAUUUGUUUCCAUCCACUGACGAGAAAGGUCAGCUAUGUACAACAUCAUGGAACAAGUUAUGGGGAGCAUGUCGAUGCGGAUAUUUGACAAGUAAUCAUAAAGAUUCAGAUCGAUUCGUUUUUCGUCGUGCUCAAAGUUGUGUUCGUUUUGCCGGUGGACGUGUCACUGGCGAAGAUACAGACUGUCCAGAAAUCGACGAUAUUGAAAUUGCUGCUUAUGCCUAUGAUAAUGGUCUUAAACCAUUCGAACAUCAAGGUACACUAUUAAAAGAGUUUCAAACAAAAUUACGAGUUGAUGUUUGGUAUAAAAUAACACUUAUCUUCGAUGAAACCAAAACCACGUAUCAAUUAUUUGAUGACAGUGAUCAACUUCUUGAAACUCAAGAAAUUGUUCAUCGUCAAUGCAAAGAUUUCAAACUUGGUAUGAUGCAAGAUCUUUAUUUUGGUGGACAAUGUCCUGCUCCACAAGCUGUUUCUGCUUGUUAUGAAAAAGCGUAG